AUGCUGGUCCUGGCCUUAGCUAUACGUUCCUUGAGAUCCAAGAAAUCAAAAUUUCAACUUCCUCCGGGCCCAAAGGGAUGGCCGAUCAUAGGAAACUUGUUCCAAAUGAUCAUGAACCGGCCGGCUCAUCAGUGGAUCCACCGCGUCAUGGAAGCUAUGGAAACGGAGAUAGCUUGCUUCCGUUUUGCCAGCGUCCAUGUCAUCAUCGUAACCUCAAGCGAGAUUGCCCGAGAAGUGCUUAGGGAAAAGGACAAGGCUCUCGCAGACAGAGCCGAGGCAUACUCGAUCAAACUCAUAAGUCAUGGCUACAACGGCGUUAGUUUCUCUCCUUACGGUGAGCGGUGGAAGUUAGCGAAGAAAGUGAUGGUCACUAAACUCAUGUCUUCUUCAACUCUUAACAAAACUCUCGGUGAUAGAAACGUAGAAGCUGAUAACAUUGUCACGUAUGUUUACAAUAUAAUAUGCCAAUCAGGGUCUUUGACGAAGCUGGUUAACGUGAGGGAUGUUGCGUUAACAUACAGCCACGCCGUGAUGAUGAGGAUGCUGUUUGGCCAGAGAUAUUUUGAUAAACCGGCUAAGGAUGGUGGUCUCGGGCCGAAAGAAAAAGAGCACAUGGACGCAAUAUAUCGAGCUCUUGAUUGUUUAUUCGGCUUCAGUGUAGCAGAUUAUCUCCCUUUUCUUAGAGGAUGGAACGUCGAAGGUGAGGAGAAGGAAGUAAGAGAAGCGGUUGAUAUUAUCAACAGGUGCAACGACCCGAUAAUCCGUGAGAGAAUGCAUUUGUGGAGGGAGAAAGGUGGAAAAGAGACGGAAGAAGAUUGGCUCGAUAUUAUAAUCACGCAAAAAGAUGAUCAAGGAAUGUAUUUAUUCACAUUUGAGGAGAUUAGGGCUCAAUGCAAGGAUGUGAAUGUUGCAACCAUCGACAAUACAAUGAAUACUGUGGAGUGGACGAUAGGGGAGAUGUUGAAUCAUCAAGAGAUUCUUGAGAAAGCUACAAAAGAAUUGAACACUGUAGUUGGCAAAGACAGACUUGUCCAGGAAUCAGACAUACCACAACUUAACUACAUCAAAGCUUGUUGCAGAGAAUCUUUCCGGCUUCACCCACCUAAUGCUUUUAUGCCUCCUCAUGGAGCCCGAGAAGAUACUACUCUUGCUGGUUAUUUUGUCCCCAAAGGUAGUCAAAUUCUUGUGAGCCGUCCAGGACUUGGUCGGAACCCUAAGACAUGGGAGAAACCUGACGCGUUUAUGCCAGAGCGACACCUUGAUCAUUCUAGGGACACAGUGGAUGUGACUCUGAUGGAACCCGACAUGGGUUUCGUGGUAUUCGGCACCGGUCGGCGUGGCUGCGCAGGUCCUAAGCUUGGAACAACAAUGAUCGUCAUGUUGUUAGCUAGGCUUCUCCAAGGGUUCGAAUGGACUCUGCCACCGGGUGCAAGCCAAGUCGAGCUCAUUGCCGCUAAUACCAACUUGUUCAUGGCCAAGCCUCUAUUUGCAUCUGCUAAGCCUAGGCUGGCUCCUGGUUUAUAUCCAAAACUCCAGGUUUAA